AGAUCUUACUUAGCAGAUGUAGAAUAGUUGAACGCACUACAAGGUGUCAAUGCUUAAAGGCGAGAUCAUGUAAUAAGUGCAAACUAUUGCAACAGCAGCAAAUGAGACAGCAACAACAACAACGGUCACAAUCAUACCAAUCAUAUAAACGACGUCAUCGUUUACAACGUUACCACACUGCGAUCGGUCAUCAUGGGCGAGUACUUUCUCGCUACCGUUAUUGCCAUUGCAUUUGCCAGAACAGUUAUAAUCAGCGCAGGCGCUACCAUAGUUUCAGUUGUAGUCUUUGCUACAACAACGAAGAUGAUAUGCUGACUGACGACGAUAAUGAUAGCACAAUGGCGAUGCUAAUGCGAAAUUAUAGUUGCGAUUGUCGCGAUAGCAAUAGCUCCUUGUCAGCGAAUUCAGCUAUAGAUAACAUUGAGAAUGCUUCGAUAUGCUCAUGGGAGGCUGUUGAAGAUCGCAGCGCACCCUCAUCUAGUGCUAGUUCCUCCAUACAACAACCAAACACCGCAAGUGUCCUCUGGGUACCCGAUCAUGCAGUGAAACGCUGCACCAGCUGUCAAGUCGAAUUCUGGAUAGGCCGUCGAAGACAUCAUUGCCGUUCGUGUGGGCAAAUAUUUUGCGCCGACUGUUCAGAGUUUUGGGCCCCGCUACCUGAUGCAAAGCUUUUUAAUCCCGUGAGAUUGUGCGGACCCUGUUAUCAUGCCGUAACAACAAGGAUCCAGCUGCAGAGUCGCUCAUCGGUCAUAACCAAUAAUAUGCCAAAUUAUACAACCAUAACUACCAGCUCCUCUGCAAAUAGCACGACAGCAAGCACUGUUUUAACGGCUAGCGGAGCUACAAAAAACUUGCCUAAUACGGCGACGCCAGCAGUUUCAAACACAUCGCAUGCAAACGCCACCACAGUCACAACAACAAGUACAUCCAGUACGAUGCAUAUGACGGCUCCAUUACCUUUAACAGCGGCUGCAGUGCAGCAACCAAAACAGCAGCAGCAGCAACAAAGACAAACGGCAGCAGUGGCUGCUAGUGCUAGCGUGGCUGCCGCAGCCGCAGCUACAAGCACACAAAUUGAGAGUAGCAGUAUGUCACACAUGUUGAUGGCGGCAAAUAAAAACAUUGCCGCUAGUGUUGCAAAUUAAUAUUUA